GACACCCCUUCGGUCGCAGUGCCAAUGCAGCAGCACCAGAUCUCUUGCUACGCGUCUUGCUUUCCAUCUCCUCUCUCGACACCAGGGAGAAAAUCUCGCGUUGCUGUGCGCUCUCUCUCUCUCUCUCACUCACUACUACCACCACCCCUCAUCUCCCCCUCCCUUUCCUCUGUCUCACUCGCUCCCUCGCCUUUUGAGUAGACGCGAUCUCCUCCCGAAACCUGAGCGAGGCAGACACCAAAAACGAGAGGCGAUCUCUCUUUCACUGCACAACAUGGCUACUAUUGUAACCUGCACAAGGUUCACAGACGAAUAUCAGCUAUAUGAAGAACUCGGAAAGGGUGCCUUUUCUGUGGUUCGACGAUGUGUCAAGAAAUCCACCGGACAGGAAUAUGCUGCAAAAAUAAUAAAUACGAAAAAACUGUCUGCCCGAGACCAUCAGAAGUUGGAUCGCGAGGCUCGCAUCUGCCGCCUUCUCAAACACCCCAACAUUGUGCGCCUCCAUGAGAGCAUCUCAGAAGAGGGCUUCCACUACCUGGUCUUUGACCUGGUGACCGGAGGAGAGCUGUUUGAGGAUAUCGUGGCAAGGGAGUACUACAGUGAAGCUGAUGCCAGCCACUGCAUCAAUCAGAUCCUGGAGAGCGUGCUGCACAUCCAUCAGCACGACAUUGUGCACAGGGACCUCAAGCCGGAGAACCUCCUCUUGGCCAGCAAGAUGAAGGGAGCGGCCGUCAAACUGGCGGACUUCGGCCUGGCCAUCGAGGUGCAGGGGGACCAGCAGGCAUGGUUUGGGUUUGCUGGCACUCCUGGCUACCUCUCCCCUGAGGUCUUAAGAAAGGACCCGUAUGGAAAGCCUGUGGACAUCUGGGCCUGUGGUGUGAUCCUGUACAUCCUGCUGGUGGGCUACCCCCCCUUCUGGGACGAGGACCAGCACAAGCUGUAUCAGCAGAUCAAAGCAGGGGCAUACGAUUUCCCUUCCCCUGAGUGGGACACCGUCACCCCUGAGGCCAAGAACCUCAUCAACCAGAUGCUGACCAUCAACCCAGCCAAGAGGAUCACCGCCGACCAGGCCAUCAAGCACCCCUGGGUCUGCCAACGCUCCACCGUGGCCUCCAUGAUGCAUCGCCAGGAGACGGUGGAGUGCCUGCGCAAGUUCAACGCCAGGAGGAAGCUGAAGGGAGCCAUUCUCACGACGAUGCUGGUGUCCAGAAACUUCUCAGUGGGCCGGCAGCAUACCAGCCCUGCCUCGGCCACCACCAGCACUGCCUCGCUGGCGCAGGAAGCGUGCAAAAGUUUACUGAACAAAAAAGCGGACGGCGUGAAGAAAAGGAAGUCCAGCUCCAGUGUUUGUUUAAUGGAACCACAGACCACAGUCGUGCACAACCCAGCUGACGGCACCAAGGGUUCCGAUGAGAGCUGCAACACCACAGAGGAGGAGGACCUGAAAGCUCGCAAGCAGGAGAUCAUCAAGAUCACGGAGCAGCUGAUCGAGGCGAUUAACAAUGGAGACUUUGAGGCUUACACGAGAAUCUGCGACCCCGGCCUGACCUCCUUUGAGCCGGAGACGCUGGGGAACCUGGUGGAGGGCAUGGACUUCCACAAGUUCUACUUUGAGAACUUGCUGAGCAAGAACAGCAAGCCGGUGCACACGACCAUCCUGAACCCGCACGUGCACCUGAUCGGCGAGGACGCAGCAUGCAUCGCCUACAUCCGCCUGACGCAGUACAUGGACACGCAGGGGCGCCCGCGCAGCUGCCAGUCGGAGGAGACGCGCGUCUGGCACCGCCGCGAGGCCAAGUGGCUCAACGUGCACUUCCACUGCUCAGGAGCGCCCGCAGCACCUCUCCAGUGAACCUCCCCGGGCCACAGCUUGCCUGAUGUCUGAAGCUGAUUGGAGCAUUUCUUCUCCGUGGUCGGGUUGGCGCCAGGUACCUGGUUGGAAGAGACCUCUUGAAGAUUUGACACCAGAAGAGAUAAAAAAAUUUAAAAAAAACAACCGUAAAAA